UAUCAACUUAUACCAAAGUCCUUCACAAGGCACCACUAUAUACAUCAAACAUCACAUCAACCGCCGAACAUGGGCUUCGGCGGCGUCCUUCUUCGUACUUCCAACCUCUCCAUCCGUGUCCUCCAGUUUCUCGACGCAGCCGUCAUCCUCGGCAUCUUCUCCUACUUCCUUGCCGUCCUUGCUCGACAUGACCAGACCAUCCCACGCUGGAUAAAGGCCACCGAGGGUCUCUCGGGUGCCGCCGCCCUCUACGGCAUCCUUGGGAUCCUCUUCACCUGCUGUCUCGGCGGCGUGGCCUUCUUCGCAUUCCUUGCCAUCGUCCUCGAUGUCUGCUUCAUCGGGGCCAUGAUCGCCAUUGCCAUCAUGACCCGUCACGGUACCCAAAGCUGCUCGGGUCGCGUGACCACCCCUCUCGGGACGGGGAAUGCCAGCGAUGACUCGCCGUCUGGUACGAGCUACCACUAUGCGUGCGAGCUGGAGAAGGCUGCUUUUGCAGUGUCGAUCAUUGGGAUUUUCCUCUUCUUGAUUUCGAUACUUCUUCAAAUUCUCUACGCCCGACACCACAAACGUGAGAAGCGUUUUGGCCCCUCCCCCGCAAAUGGCUACACUUCCGGCACUACCCGGAGCUUCGCCUUCUGGCGACGAAACAAGAAUAACCCUGAAACGGCCAGCGCAGAUGAUAUGCUUCCUACGCACCCGGCACCCCGGGAUGUGGAACUGGGGACUACUGGAGCGACGACCGAGAAAGAAGAUGGGAUGCAUGGUGCCAAUGCUGGUGCCACCCCGGCGGGGGGUUAUAUCCCCUGGAGGGGUAAUGUGAAUAAUGGCACAGCUACGGCGGGGCAUAAUGGGACUUAUGGGUAUGGAAGCUCGCCAUAUACGGGGAAUUAUUGAAUGAUGUGGAAGUAAGGGGAGGACUCUUGAUUGACAAGGAGGGGUGCUUCCAGUCCGGUGUGCUGGGAGGAUGAUUGAUGAAUGACUCGAUUACAACUAAGAUACCACAGUUUUGGCUGCUUAAUGGUUUUGGACUUGCUGUAUUCUAUUAAGUAUUAGGUAUAUAUGGCAUUGCUUCAUGUUAAUACUUAUUGGAGUAUUUUUGUUCUAGGAAUCUUCUAUUUGAUUUUAUUGUUGUUGCCUACUUAAGGAUGGGUGUCAC